AUGGGCAAGGCCAGCCUCCAUGUUUUCUUCCUCCUAUUCUUGAUCUUGAGUUCUUUCUGCCAGUCCAACGACCAACUAUCACAGGCAAACUCACUCUCCCCCGGCGACAUGCUCAUCUCUGAGGGGCGAGUCUUUGCUCUUGGCUUUUUCUCCCCAUCUAACUCCAACAAGAGCUUGUACCUUGGAAUCUGGUACCACAACAUCCCCGAGCGCACCGUCGUGUGGGUCGCCAAUCGCGACAGCCCAAUCUCCAACCAUUCAUCCGUGAAGCUCACCAUCACCAACAGUUCAGAGAUGGUGUUGUUCGACUCUGAAGGACGUGCUGUUUGGAUGACGGCGAACACCACCACGGCUGGAGGUGCUGACAGAGCUAUCGCGGUUCUGCUCGACUCAGGUAACUUUGUGCUCCGCUUGCUCAACGGCACGGUCGUAUGGCAAAGCACCGACCAUCUCACCGACACUAUACUCCCAAACACGAGGGUCUUGCUGAGCUACAAGGCAGAAGUGGUUGGGCGCCUCGUUGCCUGGAAGGGCCCUGAUGAUCCAUCUAGUGGGGACUUCUCCUUUAGCAUCGAUCCCAGCUCGAACCUUCAAAUCUUCAUCUGGAACGGGAGUUUGCCUUACAAGCGCCUCGAUGUCGUCAACGAAGUUUCAGUAUCCGGCGGCACAUACCAGAGCAACAACACCUCUGUCAUGUCUCAGUAUCUCUACUACAGAGGGGAUGAGUUGUACUACACCUACACAGUCUCUGAUGGGUCACCCUACACACGCAUCUUGCUUGACAACAGAGGCAACCUGAGCCUCCUGAGCUAG